AUGAAGCUGGACUGGCUAACUCAGCGCUGCCAGCUGCCGGCUGCCCAGGGCUGCUCCCGUCCGGGGUGUUUCACUUGGCUGCUGGUAAUAACUCUGUCUUUACUGAUGUACCCAGUGCUGAAGAGUCUAGGUCUUCAGCUGCACUCUGCAGUCACUGGCAGCUAUAUCUCGGGAACCCAGUCCAUUGCUUUCGUUAACUGUCCCAAUGAACAAGUUGCAAAGGAUAUUGCAAGGGCCAUUAUGGAUAAAAAGCUGGCUGCCUGCGUGAAUAUCCUGCCGAAGGCCUCGUCUAUGUAUUUUUGGAAAGGGGAAAUAGAAGAAGCCACUGAAAUACUUCUAUUAGUGAAAACCAGGACGUCAAAAAUAAGUGAAUUAUCGGACUACAUCAGAUCCAUGCAUCCCUUUGAGAUUCCUGAAUUUAUCAGCCUGCCUAUAGACCAAGGAAACCCCCUCUAUUUAAAAUGGAUUGAAGAAGGUGUCCCCGAUGACUAGCUAGACUGCACCAUUCUGUCCUCCAGACGUACCCAGCUUUUCCUUCCUGCCAGGCGUAGAGGACAUUUGCUUUGGCGCUCUAGUCGUCUCUCACUGGAGGUGGGACUGGUGCAUACAUACGGAAGGACAAUAAAACCCCAAGGGAAUGUAGGUAGCACAAGCGCCUGGGAUUUGGAAUUUGACUCCUACUUGAAAUACAGUUUAAUGGACACGCCCCGUUUGUGUAAACCUACAUUCUACUGAGCAUUUAGCAACCAUCGUAAGUGGAGCCUGAAAGGGCACAAGUUGUCCAAGAAUAGUUUCAAAGUUGUGAAC